CAUUCAGCAGUGACAACCACCACGGGAGGACAUCUUUGAAUCCUCUCCCUCCGGCGAAGAAGUGACUUUCCUUGAAGUGUCCGGUCCAGUCUGGCCAUUUAAUAUCCAACCAGCGGCACCUGAUGGUUGAUCUCUUCGUUUGCGGGCACCCUUGUCAUGCUGAAGUGAGGCCUGCCCUGCUCACCUAUCCGCACGUCGCACGUCGAUCAUUCCAACCCUUGAUGCAGCUAAUGAGGAAGAGAAACCUCCCUCCUCCAGGAUAUUUCGCCCACCACAAUCCGCCAUCCCAAGACCGUCGUGGGUGCAGGAUCUUCUUGCACUCUUGCGCUCUCCAGACCUCUAUUCGCUCUCCUAUCAUCGAGCCUGUCAUCCGAGUAACCUCAUCUUCCGCAUCCAACUGGUGGUGCAGCCAUGCGGCAGACAGUUCGAAAAAGGAAGAAUUAAUCGCCUCCGGUUUGGCGAUGGUCCCAAUCAGCGCUCUGCUGCAGCAGGGAUCGACCGCCUUGUGCCACGGGCUUUACCACCGCUUGCCGGUAGUGCAGGGCUGCGAGGGCGAGGGAGGGCUAGUUUGAUUGUUCGUUGACGACGACCGACGCCCUGCCCUUCGCCUGCCCUCUGCCAUUGCGAUUGCGCAUUGCGUUGCGAAUAAAGACGGGCGAGCCUCGUCCAUUGCGAAGGUUAUCAUCAAGUUUUCUGUCCCAUCGGAGACGCACAUCUUGUACGCCCAGAAAA